UAUGUAAAUGGUUUUGUUGGAUGUGAUUAAGGAAAAACACUAAAAUAUAGGAGUAUAGUUGGUUCUUUCUAUUUUUACGUAACUGAGGGAGGUUCAUGCAGUGUCUACCUAUCUAGGGAACCAUAUUUCUCAUUUCCAAACCACUCUUUUUUUUCACACCAAUAUACACACACCACCCUUUAACAUCCUCUAAUUUUAUAACUAUAUUUCACAUAAAAAAAAAAACAAAAACAAAAAGCAUUUAUGAAUAUAUAUGAAUAUGAAUAUGACACCCCCAUUGCUUUUGUUUUCCCCAGAAACUUAUAAUAAUAAUAAUAAUAAUCUAUAUAAUAAUUAAUCUAGGCUUCAUAUUCUUUUGAAGCUUUUUUUCUUCUUCUUCAAAAUAAUAAUGAUGAUUGAUGAAUCAAACUGAAUAGAAACAAUUGGUUCAAUCUGGCUCUGUUUCUUCAUAUUGGGAGUUUUGUUUUUUCAGAUAUUCUAAUAUAUUUUAUUACGAAAUGGGAAGGUUUCCCCUCUUUGCACUAUUCAAGGAAGCAAAGAAUGUUUUUACAAAGGAUGAACUAAACCUUGAAAUAGCACAUAUUGCUCUUCCCUCAGCUCUGGCCUUAACAGCAGAUCCUAUUGCUUCUCUAAUAGACACAGCUUUCAUAGGCCAUAUAGGUCCUGUUGAGCUAGCUGCAGUAGGAAUAUCAAUAGCUAUAUUCAACCAAGCAUCAAAAAUAGCCAUUUUCCCUCUUGUUAGUAUCACAACAUCUUUUGUUGCUGAAGAAGAAGCUGCAGCCGAAAAAUCGUUCGAUGACAUUGAGAUGCAGCGAAACGAAGAACUCAAAAAGGAAAUGGAAGAACUUGUAUCUCUAGUAGACUCAGCUUCCACAUCUUCAUCUACAACAAGUGAUGAAUCAGAUAUAAUGAUGCUUGAACAUGUUAGAAGGCAUAUCCCAUCAGCUUCAUCGGCUAUGGUUAUCGGUAGCAUUCUCGGGUUAAUCCAAGCUUUGUUCCUUAUUUUAGCAGCUAAAAGAAUACUGAUUUACAUGGGUGUUGAUUCUAAUUCACCAAUGCAAAAACCAGCAAUACAAUAUUUGAGUUUGAGAUCAUUGGGUGCCCCAGCUGUUCUUCUCUCUUUAGCUAUACAAGGAGUUUUUCGUGGAUUGAAAGAUACUAAGACACCUCUUUAUGCUACAAUGAUUGGAGAUGCAACAAACAUCAUUUUAGACCCAAUAUUCAUCUUCUUAUUAAAAUGGGGUAUUAGUGGUGCAGCUAUUGCCCAUGUUAUUUCACAGUAUUUAAUCUCUCUAAUACUCUUGUGGAGAUUGAUGAAAAUAGUCAAUCUUGUACCACCAAGGAUAGAAGACAUACAAUUUAGCAGAUUUCUCAAAAAUGGAUCUUUCUUACUAGUGAGAGUCAUUGCUGCAACACUAUGUGUGACCCUGGCAGCGUCGUUGGCUGCGAGGCAUGGCUCGACGACAAUGGCUGCAUUCCAAGUCUGUUUACAGGUUUGGAUGGCUACUUCUUUGGUAGCCGAUGGCUUGGCCGUGGCCGGACAAGCAAUUCUUGCAAGUGCCUUUGCUAUGGAGGACUACAGCAGAGUCACUGCCACUGUUUCUCGUGUACUUCAGUUAGGGCUGGUUUUAGGACUAUUUCUGUCUUUGAUCAUCACAAUUAUACUCAAAUUCUGUUCCAAAUUGUUCACAAAGGAGCCCCAAGUGUUGGAGUUGAUGAGUUUAGGCAUACCAUUUGUUGCAGUGACUCAACCCAUUAAUGCAUUGGCAUUUGUUUUUGAUGGGAUCAAUUAUGGAGCAUCAGAUUUUGCAUAUUCAGCUUACUCAAUGGUUUUGGUGGGUAUAAUAAGUAUUUGGUGCUUAUUUGUACUGUCCUCAACUUAUGGCUUUGUUGGUAUUUGGAUUGCUUUGUCUUUGUAUAUGACUUUGCGCACUUGUGUUGGCUUUUGGAGGGUAGGAACAGGAACAGGGCCCUGGAGAUUUCUCAGAGAUUAAUUAUUUAAUUUUGCUGCUUUAGAUGUAAACAUAAUUUUAUUGUAGUACUUUUUUACUUAGGUAGUUUAAAGUGUUUUAUUACAAGAACCACAA